AUGAAUAAGCGCAGACAUACAGAAGAUCUUCCCCAAGAUACCGAAAAUCAAGAAACUGAAACACUUACUGGUCUUUAUGAAUUUGCGAUAAGAAAAGCCCGACUUUUAAUGGAAGAUGAAUUCAACCAAAUAUUUAUAUCCGAUUACAACUACCAAACUUACUUUGAAAAGUACUAUGAUACCAAUAUCAAAGAAAUGCUACUGAAAGGGUACGAAAAACAAGCCUGGUUAGCCGAGAUAGAUCUAUGCCAACGAUCUUCCUUUGCCGAUGUAUUCAUGGAGUUUAGAGACUUUGUAACCAGUCGACAGUGUCAGUUAAGUUUAGAUAGUAAUAAUGGUCCCGAUUUACUUAAAACAGAUCUAUUUGAUGCCUAUACAACUGGUGAGACUAAUACUACUGUAAGUUUAGCCCUUAUCAAAAACAUUGAGAUGAAUGUAACGAUUAGAGACUUUAUUCUAGUCCUGGAGGAAGAACUGGGCUUAAAAGACUGGGCUGUAUCUCAACAUGGCGUACAUGAAGGUUUCCGUCGAACUCUUUAUGUCCGUUUAGAAGAUCUUUCCCUGGAAGAGUUCAAAGAGAAAGUUCAAGUUCAACUACCACCCGGAUCAGUUGUAUUGGGUCAAUCUCUACCUACGCCUACGUCUAGUAGUGCACUUAGAGAGUCAGGUCGGCAAUUAUCAGAUAAGUAUACUCUAUCUAGUUCUGGUGUUCAGUGCCAGGAGAUACUUAAGGCUAUGUCAGCUCUAUUUAAAGUCCCUGAGGUAUUUGAGACCUUAAAGGGCUUUGAAUCACGAGUGCCAGUCAAUUCAGUUGCUGAUCUGUACAUCUUAGCCUUACGGAAGAUCUUUAACUUUUGUUACUACUGUAAGUGCAAGUAUGACAAUCCUUAUGAGAUGGUGACUAAAUGUGGACUUUUUCAUGUUCGGAGUACAGAUAAGAUAGAUACGUUGAGUUUUGCUGCUUUAGAACGAUCAGGGGCUUUUUAUGCUCAAAAUCGAGCUGAAAGGUUCCAGUUGAUUAAUUCUAGUGUUAAUAGUGCUAUCUUUAGUAAGGAGUCUUCGGCGCCUAAUGAGUAUGUUUGUCGGUAUUGUAACAAGCGGUUUGCAUCAAUGGAGUACUUUGAGAAGCACUUAGAGCGGAAGAACCAUCCGGAGUAUGAGGCUUACAUGCGAUUGCAUAAGGGCUUCUUUGCUAUGCUUGCUUCAUUGACUUAUCCGGUUAUUGAGGUGGUGGAGCAGAAGGGGCAGGCUUUACCGGCUAAUUUAUACUACUAUUUACGACCGGGUCAGCCAGAAUCUGAUCAGUUGGUUUCUUAUGCUGAUUUAGAUAAGAAGUAUCCGAUUUUGAGCAAGAAGCCUAUCGCUAUUGUAGAAAGUGACUCGGAGGAGUAG